AUGCCGCUCAUAUCCAUUUUCGCCCUCGGUGCCGUCCUCGUGGCCUUCGCUGUGUUCCACCUGGUCAAGGAAUACCAUCAAAUUAACAACCCCAACGCUCCCCCAGGUCCCAUACAGCUGCCAUAUAUUGGCCGGAUACAUGAUCUUCCCAUCAAUUUCAUGUGGAUCAAGUUGAAGGAAUGGGCAGACCAAUACGCAGUCAAUGGCUUCUACCGAACGGAGAUGCUGGGAGCCAAGUUCCUCGUUAUCUCGGACGAGCGAGUCGCCGAGGACCUCCUAGUUAGGCGAGCAAAGUUCAACUCGGACCGGCCUGCCAUCAACUCACUCUUUGAUUCGAAGAGCGCCUGCGGCUCGAUGGAGUAUUUACCCCUGAUGGGCAGGAACAAAUACUGGGCUCGGCAGCGACGGAUGACCCACGCAUACCUGAUGGAAGCGUCCGGCGCCAGAUACCACGGCUUCAUGUACUUGGAAGCGAAGCGGUGGCUGGCGAGACUAAUCCGGAACCCGGAAGACUUCCAGUUCUCACUCGAGGAUAUGGCAUCCAAGGUCAUGUGCCGAUUGACAUGGGACGAUCCCAACCUGAGCGAGUACUGUGCCCAGAGCGCCUGGGCCCUCCUGACGCAGAUGUCCCCUGCCGGGCCCAUCACCAACGUCCUGACCCCGCUGUGGCAUCUGCCCUCGUUUCUAAACCCUUGGAAGAGGGCUGAGCGGAAGCGUCAUGACGAGCAGCAGGCCUGGUGGAUGGGCAGGCUGCUUACUGCCCGAGACAAGAUAGCCAGGGGCGAGCUGCGACCGUGCUGGACCCGGCAGUUUCUGGAAUCUAAAAACACCAACCUCUCGGGCGACUACGAGGCAUCUUGCACCCUGGGUAUGAUGGCUCUGGUUGGCAUCUUCACCGUGGCCGGCCCCCUCUCGUAUUUUCUGGUCGCCAUGGUUCACCAUCAGAAAUGGCAGGCCGCCGUGCAAAAGGAGGUUGAUGAAAAGUGCAACGGCCGACUUCCCACACUUGACGACGCCCCAAGCCUACCGAUCCUGCGGGCUUGCAUCAAAGAGACUAUGAGAUGGAAGCCAAAUGUUCCGACAGGGGUGGCACACGAAACGGAGAGAGACGAUAUCUACCAUGGCUACUUCAUUCCCAAGGGAACCCGCAUCCUCCCCUUGGACUGGGCGUUCCUCCGGAACCCAGACAAAUACCCCGAUCCGGACAACUUCCGCCCAGAGAGAUGGCUCAAGCCGGGUUGGCCAACGUAUAAAGAGCCGCUUACCCAGUACCCGACCAUCAAAGGUAUGACUUCCUUCGGUUGGGGCCAGCGGCAGUGUCUCGGCCAGACCCUGACUCAGGACGAGUUAAUCGUCUCGUGCGCCGCACUGGCCUGGUGCUUCAACCUCAAGCCCAAGAUAGACCCCCGGACGGGGCUUCCCCUGCCUGUGCCUCUCGACAAGUCCAAUUCGUUACUGAUCAUCAAGCCCAACCCGUUCGAGAUGGUCUUCGAGCCCCGCAGCGAGGAGCGCAAACUCGAGGCCCUCGCCCUCUGGAAGGACGCCGACGCCGAGGAUCAGGGGCGGAGGGCGGCCUUCCUCGCAGCCGCGGCAGGCAACGUGGACGGCAGAGGAGCAGCGAGCUACUCGGACGAUAGGGCGUUGACAAACUCUCAACAGCUCCAAACCCAACAAUCAUCAACUCGAACAAUGGCUUCCGCUUGCCAGAACCUGCUCAGCAUCACCAUUGCCUUCUCCUUCGCCCUCUUCGGCAACGCCAUAACCCAAUCCUUCAUGAGCGUCCCCGCCCUCCUCGUCGACUUCCCCAAGCCCUCCUCGCCCGACCACCCCGCCGCGGUCCGCCGGCUGGCCCGGCAGUGGCGCGUCUUCUGGACCGUGGGCAACGCCUUCUUCCGUCCCAUCAACAACCUCGGCGCGGCGAACUACGCCUACGUGGCAUGGAAGGCGUACUCAUCAUCGUCGGCAUCCCAUAACGACCUGGACCUGGACUGGAGGCCCCUCGCGCUGGCGACGGCGUGCCACGUCGUCACCGUCGUACAUUCUGCUGCUUACCUGCAGCCGAUUAAUGCGAGGCUGAUGGCUCUCGAGGGUGCCGGGCUGGAGGAGGGGAGUGUGGUUGGCGCUGCGGAUGUCGUUCGUGCUGAGGGGUUGGCGAGACGGUGGGCGAGGCUGAAUCUGCUGAGGAUGGUCAUGCCGUUGGUUGCUGGGUCGGUGGCGCUUUUGGAGAUGAUGAGGGAUCGUUGAGUCGGGGGAGGAGGAGGAUUCCUGGACCUAUUAUGGAGUGAGAUAGGGGAUCCGUAAGGGAGAUGGGAGGUUGAUGUUAAGGUGAAGGGCAAGGAGUCCAGAGGUUUAUUAUUUUUGUUGUUGCUGUUACGCCUCGGUGCUAUACUCUACGUCGUCGUUGGUUCGAUGGGAACCCGAAUUAUAUGCUAUUCAGACAAAGUAGUUCUGUGCCCCUAUUGCUGUUAUGGCCGUGAUGAGCAUUAGACCG